AUGGCACCUCGCCGUAGAUCAGUUAAUCAACCAGCACAACAGAAUCAUGAAUUUUUGGAUGCCAUGUAUUUUGCCUUUCAAGGCAUGGCCACGAGAGCUCAGAAUGAACGACCGGUUGAGGAUAGGAAGCAAAGUUACUUCUGGAAAUUUAGACGAGCGCCUAUCCCUACGUUCAAUAGUGAGGGAGGACCCCAGGAAGAAGAAUUCUGGUUUGAUUCCAUAGUCAAGCACUUGAAUACUAUGGGAGUGCCAGAUGAAUACUGGGUUGAAUUUGUGGUAUACAAGAUGGAAGGCCAAGCGAGCACUUGGUGGAAACAGUUCGAGACCAUCUUUAAUGAGCAGUACUUCCCUCAGAGCUAUAGGGAUGAAAAAGUGAUGGAAUUUAUGUCCUUGCUACAAGACGAUGUAUCUGUGAGGGAGUAUGAGGCCAAAUUUAAUGACCUAUCCCGGUUUAUGCCAUCUUUACUGGAGUCUGAACACCUUAGAUGUCUUAAGUUUGAGAAGGACCUUAAGAAUUCUAUCAGGAGACCCUUGGUAGCUUUAAGGAUUCAGAAUUUCUGGGAUUUAGUGGCUGCUGCGACAAGUGUGGAGCAAGAUAACUAG